CACACACACACACACACACACACACACAGUAUCCAUGACUUCACUCACCACCAGCCUCCAUGACCAGCAGCCUCCAUGACCAGCAGCCUCCAUGACCACCAGUCUCCAUGAACAGCAGUCUCCAUGAACAGCAGUCUCCAUGACCUGCAGCCUCCAUGACCAGCAGCCUCCAUGACCACCAGUCUCCAUGAACAGCAGUCUCCAUGAACAGCAGUCUCCAUGACCAGCAGCCUCCAUGACCAGCAGCCUCCAUGACCAGCAGCCUCCAUGACCAGCAGCCUCCAUGACCUGCAGCCUCCAUGACCAGCAGCCUCCAUGACCUGCAGUCUCCAUGACCACCAGCCUCCAUGACCAGCAGCCUCCAUGACCAGCAGCUUCCAUGACCAGCAGCCUCCAUGACCAGCAGCCUCCAUGACCUGCAGUCUCCAUGACCACCAGCCUCCAUGACCAUAGUCUCCAUUGUUUUAUUACAGUACUCCUUAGUGAGUGCAGAGUGGGACAACGUGGGGCUCAGGGCACAUAUUCAAAGGAUCAGGUCCCAUGCUCAUAUAAUCACCUACAUUAAGAUCUAAAAAGGCAAAAUUGCUCCUCUAUCAGCACUUGGACUUUGUGAACACAGGCUCAGGUCAGGUUAGCAUGGGGUGGCUAACGCUCAGCUAGCAUCUGUCAAUGAGAGAAGCAUCCUGUUACUGCAGGUGUUUGAAUUAUUUAGGGGCAGUUGACAUGUACACAGCAGUACACACCACACUCCGGAUAGGGACAGGGAGAGGGACAUACAGUACAGUUGUGCCUGGCUUUUGGACUUCAGGGACACUUCAGGACCUAACUUGACUCAAUUACCAGAAUUGUCGCCAGUGAGAGAGGAUAGGUACUGUAUCUGUGUUAGGUGUUGUUGAGAAUCGAGAAAUUUUUGUACCAAACUGAAAAGAUCACCACAUGGUCUCCAAGUGUUGUAACAGCUUUUGCUUAUGUUGGACUCAAUAUUAGGAUCAUAACCAAUUUGUAUGUUUUUGGACUUUUUAGCAUUUUCUUUGUGUAGGAUUCAAUAAUUGUCUUGGAUAACCAGAUUACCACUAAGAGGAACAACAAUGCUGUUUUGACAGAAUGGAAAACUUCCCGGUAGGGGCUUCAGACACUUCAAUGUAAACAAAAGAAAAGCUGCUAGAAUGGAGAAGGUGAGCUGUGGGUUUUUGUUCUCUUAUCUCUCUCUCCCUAUCUUUCACUCUUUUCGCUGAGCUUUGACUAUCAGUCUAUUCGUUUGGGAGAGGAGGACACAGGAGAAGGCACUACUUCUUGUCAGUUGUCAGGCUUCAGUGGUGUCUGCCUGUUGCCAUGGUGAGAAGAAUAGAUAGUCCAUGAGAAGUAGUUCCUUUUAAACUCAGUCAAAUCAAAUCUAAGUUUAUUUGUCACGUGCGCUGAAUACAACAGGUGUAGACCUUACAGUGAAAUGCUUACUUACAGGCUUUAACCAAUAGUGCAAAAAAGGUAUUAGGUGAACAAUAGGUAAGUAAAGAAAUAAAACAACAGUAAAAAGACAGGCUAUAUACAGUAGCGAGGCUAUAAAAGUAGCGAGGCUACAUACAGACACCGGUUAGUCAGGCUGAUUGAGGUAGUAUGUACAUGUAGAUAUGGUUAAAGUGACUAUGCAUAUAUGAUGAACAGAGAGUAGCAGUAGCGUAAAGAGGGGUUGGUGGGUGGUGGGACACAAUGCAGAUAACCCGGUUAGCCAAUGUGCGGGAGCACGGGGGAAGAGGGCAAGAGGUUGGCUGAAUGGUGGGCCUUUUCUCUGGAGAUGUAGUGUGAACGAGAGCUGUAAUGACUUGACUCCUCAGGCAAUAGAAGUUUUCAUAUUGAUGAUCGUCCACCCACAAUACUCUACCAAUGACCCUUCAUAGUUCCUGAAUUGUUCUCAGUGUUCCUGAAUUGUUCUCAGUGGCAGUGCAUGUGCACAUCAGAUCAACAUUCAGCCUCUCAUGUAGACUUUUGAAGUAUGUUCUGAACUUUUCUUUCCUCUGGCAGCUCUGUUCUAUUUUUGUAAUUCAACAGCCACUCAUGUACCAGUGGCUUUUCAAUGGUCUGUACACCGAGUGUACAAAACAAAAGGAACAAUUGUUAUUUUGAUGACAUAGACUUAUUGAUGUCACCGGUUAAAUCCACUUCCAUCAGUGUAGAUGAAGGUGAGGAGACAGGUUAAAUAAGGAUUUUUAAGCCUUGAGACAAUUGUGUAUGUUUGCCAUUCAGAAGGGUGAAUGGGCACAACAAAAUAUUUAAGUUCCUUUGAACGGGGUAUGGUAGUAGGUGUCAGGUGCACCAGUUUGAGUGUGUCAAGAACUGCAACGCUGCUGGAUUUUUCAGGCUCAACAGUUUUCCAUGUGUAUCAAGAAUGGUCCACCACCCAAAGGACAUCCAGCCAACUUUACACAACUGUGGGAAGCAUUGGAGUCAACAUGUGGAAAGCUUUCGAGACCUUGUAGAGACAAAUUAAGACUGUUCUAAGGGCAAAAGGGGCUGCAACUCAAUAUUAGGAAAGUGUUCUUAUUUUUUUUACACUCAGUGUAUAUUGUCCAUUAUUAGCUAACUGUACUGUACUGUAAUGGUGAAGCUAACUGUACUGUACUGUAAUGGUGAAGCUAACUGUACUGUACUGUACUGGUGAAGCUAACUGUACUGUACUAUACUGGUGAAGCUAACUGUACUGUACUGGUGAAGCUAACUGUACUGUACUGGUGAAGCUAACUGUACUGUACUGUACUGGUGAAGCUAACUGUACUGUACUGUACUGGUGAAGCUAACUGUACUGUACUAUACUGGUGAAGCUAACUGUACUGUACUGGUGAAGCUAACUGUACUGUACUGGUGAAGCUAACUGUACUGUACUGUACUGGUGAAGCUAACUGUACUGUACUGUACUGUACUGGUGAAGCUAACUGUACUCUACUGUAAUGGUGAAGCUAACUGUACUUUACUGUACUGGUGAAGCUAACUGUACUGUACUGUACUGGUGAAGCUAACUGUACUGUACUGUACUGGUGAAGCUAACUGUACUGUACUGUAAUGGCGAAGCUAACUGUGCUGUACUGUAAUGGUGAAGCUAAAUGUACUGUACUGUAAUGGUGAAGCUAACUGUGCUGUACUGUAAUGGUGAAGCUAACUGUACUGGUGAAGCCAACUGUACUGUACUGUAAUGGUGAAGCUAACUGUACUGUACUGUAAUGGUGAAUCUAACUGUACUGGUGAAGCUAACUGUACUGUACUGGUGAAGCUAACUGUACUGUACUGUAAUGGUGAAGCUAACUGUACUGUACUGUACUGGUGAAGCUAACUGUACUGUACUGUAAUGGUGAAGCUAACUGUACUGUACUGUACUGGUGAAGCUAACUGUGCUGUACUGUAAUGGUGAAGCUAAAUGUACUGUACUGUAAUGGUGAAGCUAACUGUGCUGUACUGUAAUGGUGAAGCUAACUGUACUGGUGAAGCCAACUGUACUGUACUGUAAUGGUGAAGCUAACUGUACUGUACUGUAAUGGUGAAUCUAACUGUACUGGUGAAGCUAACUGUACUGUACUGUACUGGUGAAGCUAACUGUACUGUAAUGAUGAAGCUAACUGUACUGUAAUGGUGAAGCUAACUGUACUGUACUGUAAUGGUGAGGCUAACUGUACUGUACUGUAAUGGUGAAGCUAACUGUGCUGGUGAAGCUAACUGUACUGUACUGUAAUGGUGAAGCUAACUGUACUGUACUGUAAUGGUGAAGCUAAGUGUUCUGGUGAAGCUAACUGUACUGCAAUGGUGAAGCUAACUGUACUGUACUGUAAUGGUGAAGAUAACUACUGGUGAAGCUAACUGUACUGUACUGUAAUGGUGAAGCUAACUGCACUGUACUGGUGAAGCUAACAACUGUACUGGUGAAGCUAACUCUACUUUACUGUAAUGGUGAAGCUAACUGUACUGUACUGUAAUGGUGAAACUAACUGUACUGUAAUGGUGUACUAUACUGGUGAAGUUAUCAUGUUUCUACUAUAGUAUACUGGUGAAGUUAUCAUGUUUCUACUAUACUAUACUGGUGAAGUUAUCAUGUUUCUACUGUACUAUACUGGUGAAGUUAGCAUGUUUCUACUGUACUAUACAGGUGAAGCUAUCAGGUUUCUACUGUACUAUACUGACGUUAUCAUGUUUCUACUGUACUAUACUGGUGAAGUUAUCAGGUUUCUCUACUCAGCAUACAAUCUCCUUCCCUGGUCUCUGUUUUUGUCUUCUUCUGUCUCUAUAUAUGUCUGUCUUUUAUUCUCUCUCUCUCUCUCUCUCUCUCUCUCGCUCUCUCCGCUCCUCUCCUCAGUGUCUCCAGAGCUGCUAGGAGUCCUAUCCUCCAUUGCGGCCUUCGUGGCCUUGAUGGCUCUAUUUUUUCUUUACGUCAGCAACAAGCUGUCAGUGGAGAGUGCCAGCGAGCUGCCAUGCCUCGACGACUAUAGGCCCAACCAGCAAGCCAGAGCCUGUGAUGAGAUGAGGAGAUAAUCUAGAACCCACCAGACAGUGUGGAGAAGGACAGCCACCACAGCCGUCAGCAAGUCCACCCAACAUGGCGUUCUUCAAGAGCUUUGGGCAGAACCUACCAUCUGUAAACAUCUCCUCCAUCUUGGAUUCAGUCAGCAGCAGAGUGGACGACCUAGCCAGUGCUGUCAGUGAUGCCACCUACAGCGUCAGUGACCAGCUGACCGAGCUCAGCGACCAGGUCAUCAAGAAGGUGCAGACGGAGGAGGAGGAGGCUGCAGAAGCGACAGAGGGGGCCCAGGACAGCAAGGAAGGAAAGGCCCAGGAAGGGAUAGCAGACUCAUUCAGGAGCAAAAUCAAGAGGCAGGCUUCUGAGGCCUGCUCAAGCUUGGCAGACUACAGCUCCAACCUCAGCCAAUCCAAUGACUCGAAGAAUAACCAAUCAAGUGAAAUGACAGCAGAGGACUAUGUUCCAGCCCAAUUGGAAUGGGUGUGGAAAGAUGGAGGCUGGCGAGUGGUAAAACCAGGGGAGAGUUCUGCAGAGGACAAGGAAAAGGAGGAGAAAAGGAAGGAGGAGGAAAAGACGAAGAAAGAGGAGAAGGAGAAGAGAAAGGCAGAGAAAGACAAGAAGAAGGAGGAGAGGCUGAAACAGGAGGAAGAGAAGAAAAAUAGCCAUCAAGAGACCAUUGAGGAAGAGCCUGAAGAUAAAGAAACCAGCUCAUUGCCGAAAGAGACCCACACUGCUAGUCAGAACAAAGAGGGCCAGAAAGAGGACAAAUCCAAUGGGGUCCACCAGAGUGACGACCAUAGUGAUCCACCGCAAUCUCUUUGCCCUGAGGAAGAGUCGAGAGCAUCCCAAAAGAAAAACAAGGGGAAAGCUGAAGAGGAGGAAGAGAAUGAGAUGAGUCCCGAGGGAGAUGGAGAGACUGAACCUGCUAUGUCUCCCGCUUCUGAGAAAAAUAAGAAAAAGAGUGACAAGAAGAAAGAGAAAGUGAAAGGGAAGAAAGAGAGCAAGAAGAUGAAUAAAGAGGAUAAAGAGCAGAGCUGCCCAGAGCGUGGCUCUGAGGAGGACAGUGAAGAGGACAGGCCAGGGGGACACUCUGAACCCUCAGCCCAGCACAGAGCCUCAGUCUGGGACAACCGACACAAACACACCAGCGACCACAGCAGUGAGGCCUCCGCCGGACAAGCCAACAGCAUCCAGCGGAUGAGACGAGGCUCUCCCCUCAAUGAGCUCCAGCCACCCCCGUAUCAGGACGAGAAUAGUCCGGUCCGGGUGUCUCGCUCGCGUUCUGGGGCGGGGGGUCUGGGGGAGUCGUCCCCAGACGUUAAUGGUACACAGCGCUCCAGUGAGGCCAGCGUUGACCCGGACACUGAGAGUUACCUCAACAAGGGCUAUGAUGAGGAUGUACCUAGUGACAGCACUGCCGUCCUGGGACCAGAGGAUGGUUCAACCUCCCAUCUUCACGUAGGCUAUGAGCCGGAGCCGCUGGCCAAGUACGGCACACUGGACGUGGCCUUCGAGUACGACUCGGGCGAGCAACGCCUUGCCGUCACUGUCACCGCAGCAACCGACAUCCCCGCACUCAAACAGACAGGGAACAUUGCGUGGCAGGUGCACCUGGUGCUGCUGCCCACUAAGAAGCAACGGGCCAAGACGGGGGUGCAGAGGGGGCCGUGUCCCAUGUUCACAGAGACCUUCCGCUUCACCCGGGUGGAGCAGGGGGCGCUGGCGGACCACGCCGUCAGGUUCCGUCUCUACAGCGUUAGGAGGAUGAAGAAGGAGAAGGUGCUGGGAGAGAAGGUGUUCUACUUGACCAAACUCAACCUGCAGGGCAAGAUGGCGCUGCCCGUUACACUGGAGCCUGGCACAGCACUAACGGGCUGUGGGUCGUUGGUGAGUGUGUCUCGCAGCGUGGCAGCUUUGUCCUACCGCUCUACAUGGGACUCCACACCAGAGAUCCUGCUGGGCCUCAUCUAUAACUCCACCACUGGCAGGCUCUCUGCAGAGGUCAUCCAGGGCAGACAGUUCAACAACACAGCCUCAGACAAACCUCCCAAUGGUCUGUUUUGUUGUAUAAAACAGCUAAUAGGGGGACAACUUUAUAUCAUGAGAGACACCUACGUAAAGCUGACUAUGCUGGACUCCAAGGGCAAGGAGAUGUCCAAGUGCAAGACGUCGGUGUGCCGUGGUCAGCCCAACCCCACCUACAAGGAGACCUUUGUCUUUCAGGUGGCCCUCUUCCAGCUUUCCGAGGUUUCCCUGGUGGUGUCGGUGUACAGCCGGAGGAGCAGCAUGAAGGCCAGGGAGAAGGUGGGCUGGCUGUCCCUGGGGCUCAACAGCACUGGAGAGGAGCAGCAGGCCCACUGGAGCCAGAUGAAGGAGGACGAGGGACAGCAGGUGUGCCAUUGGCACACGCUCUUGGAAUCUUGAACAGGUCUUGAUGAGAAUCACCAGGUUUGAUCUUGUUAACAAAGAAUAAUCUGUAUAAAUAUAUGUGAAAUGAAAUGGUUAAAUAGGAGGAGGAAUACAUUGGAGGAAGAGGAAGAUUGCGGGGUAUGUUGACCUCAGUGUCGAGAGAGAGAAUGGGUUCCAUGACCUUCAUUCAGAGAAGCAGACGAGGAGCUGUGAGGAACCAUCCACCUAUACUAUGCACCUGGUGUGGGAUGUGUGUGAGGGUACAGCACUUUGAGGAGCACGUGGAUUCCACUUGGAGUCUCCCGUUCACUGACAGCUGCUUUACUACUCUUUAAUCUGUAAACCGGCCACUUAAUCUGAGACAGACGGGUCUGGUUGACAGACUGGUCUGGUGCUAAACUCCCAGCUCCAGUCAUGGUCGAUGGGGUCAUCAAAUUAGACUCAUCUUUGUAAUAACCUCAACAGUGAAAUGGACACCUCUGGCCAUGAAAUGGACACCUCUGGUCAUGAAAUGGACACCUCUGGUCAUGAAAUGGACCAUUCAGUCUCAGAUUGAGAACAAUUUUGUCAUUAAUUUCCCAGAUUCUGGUCCACAAUAGUAUAUCUUCAUGUAAUUGUUUACAGAAGAUGAUCAAAAUACGACCAUACAUACAGUAUCUCCUACAAUGGACCAUUUUCAUCCUGAACCGAAGAGCAAAGAGUGUGGAGAAGAACAACGACUUCAACAACCGUUCUUCCGGGGUUGUACUGACCAUAUAAAUAGAAUGACUAGAAGGGACAAAGCCCCUCAGACAUGGCAAUUUGACUGGAACAACUCACGGGUUCACUCAAUAUGGCUGACAAUUCUACGGUACUGUCCUCAAAUGACACCAGCAUAUCAGACAUUUCUCAUCUGAAGCUCGCAGCCAUCGACAACGAGGAUGAUGCAAUGGAAUAGUGUUACCAUGACUGUUAGAGCCAGCUGGGCCUGUAACAGUCUGCUACAACUACAGUGCCUAGAUAAAGUCUACAACCCCUUUGGAUUUCUUAAACUGUUAUUGUCACAAAGUGGUAUUAAAAUGGAUUUUAUUCCAUUUCUUUGGUCAACGAUCUACACAAAAUACGAUGGAAUGUCAAAAUGUAUUUUUAUUUUUUAGUAUUAAUGGGGGAAAAAGUGCAAUACUUGACUAUUGACUUCUAUAUAUUGUGCUGUAUGUAUGGGGGACAGAGGAAGGGGUAGUCAUUCAAAAAUAAUGUCAACUACUAUUAUUUCACACAGUGAGUCCAUAUAACUUAUGUGAUUUGUUAAGCCACAGUUUACUUCUGAACUAAUUUAAGCUUGCUUAAACAAAGUGGGUGAAUACCUAUGCAACAACUGUAUUUGUGUUAUUUCAUUUGUAUUAAUUUGUAAAAAUGUGUAGAAUCUUCUUUUAAUUUUGACAUUAUGGAGUAUUUUGCAAUUAAGUAUUUUUCAAUCCCACUUUGUAAUGCAACAAAAUGUGGAAAAAAGUUCAAGGGGGUUUAGACUUUCUAUAGGCACUGUAUGCUAAUGAGCAAUGCUUAUUUAUUCACUGUUUACAUUCUCGUUACAUUAUGCAUGAUCCAUUUGACAGACUCAUUUUUCGUCUUAUUUUAGGGGUUUCUUUUUACGGCUGUUUCAUCUCCCGAUGCAUUGUUUGUUACACGUCUUUUUGUUGUGGUCAUCUGAAUCAUCAUUUGAGAAUAGAAAAACAGUAUUGGUUUUGUUGUGGGUCACUGGGUUGUCUUUUAAACAUUGUUGCAGAAUCAAAACACAGCACUGUACCCCAGUGGUCAACAACCUUUUCUGAGUCAAAAUGCAAGCUGAGAUCUACCGCUCAGAUUUUUUUUUUAAACAUGACUGAAAAAUCUUAAGCCUAUGCAACAUUAACCAAUUAAAAACAGUUCUGUAGCAAUGAGGCCCAAUACAUUAUCACUGCAUUGGCUAUGCUUGAAUUGCCCUGCCAAUGUUGUUUCUCAGGUCAUUUUGAAAUUAAAUUUAGAACAUUUAGGUAUAUGAUCACACUGGUAAUAGAUCAUUUGUUGUAUUACUUGUGAGGCACAAAUUAGUGAGCAUAAUAAUUAGCUUGCAUCUGAUGGUCAAUCUGAGGGGAGGGAGGGAGGAGAGGGGAGGGGAGGCUGCCUCUCACUCACGGUCCCUCCGCCCUCCUUCCCUCUGUGGAGAAAAGGGGACAGUCUUCCAGCUGAUGGUGAAACUCAAAUCACACUGCAUUACUUCUGCAUCAUGCACAAAUGAAUGUUGUUACUCCUAUGACCAGAGAAAGUGAAAUAUUCCUCGAUUUAAAAGAAGACAAGCUGCUAAUAAUAAUAAGGCAAGCUUAUGGAAACACUUUGCUAAACUCAUUCAUUGCAGCUGCAGUGCUGGUGGCUUGUAAAGGUGUUGAAUAAGAACUAGAACAUAAACUUACAUGUAAAAACA